AGGAAGGGGCUGCGCGACAACACCGACACAAUGUUCUUAUGGAUUUUGUUUGUUUCUGCGGUUCUUCCGAGGACUUUAUGUUACUUUUCGGAAGAGAAUCAUGCGGAGGAAUCCGAGGUUCAGUCUCCCACCCUGGUGAUAGCGAUCAUCGCCCGUAACACCGCUCAUUCUCUGCCUUAUUACCUCGGAGCUCUGGAGAGACUCAACUACCCUAAAGAGCGCAUCUCCAUCUGGGCAGCGACAGACCACAACAUUGACAACACCACUGCAAUCCUGCGAGAAUGGCUGACCAUCAUGCAGCAGCAUUACCACUAUGUGGAGUGGAGACCCAUGGAGAAACCAACGUCAUUUGCAGGUGAGUUGGGGCCUAAACACUGGACCAACGGCCGCUAUGAGCAUGUCAUGAAACUUAAACAAGCGGCACUCAACUUCGCCAAGAAACGCUGGGCUGACUACAUCCUGUUUGCAGACACAGACAACAUCCUGACCAACCCAGACACCCUGAACCUGCUGAUGGCAGAGAAUAAAUCUGUUAUUGCUCCCAUGCUGGAUUCCCAGUCUGCAUACUCUAAUUACUGGUGUGGCAUCACUCCACAGGGAUACUACCGUCGCACAGCCGAGUAUUUCCCUACCAGGAACCGCCAUCGAACAGGCUGCUACCCUGUUCCCAUGGUGCACUCCACCAUGUUGCUGGACCUGCGCAAGGAGGGAACCAAAAAACUGGCCUUCCACCCACCACACCCAGACUACUCCUGGCCCUUUGAUGACAUUAUCGUCUUUGCCUUCUCCUGCAGAGCUUCAGAGGUUCAAAUGUAUGUGUGCAAUAAAGAGCGCUAUGGCUACCUGAACGUCCCUGCUAAACCCCACCAGACCAUGGAGGAUGACGGCAUCAAUUUCGCCCAUCUAUGCCUUGAGGCCAUAAUUGACGGGCCGCCCAUGUAUUUGUCCGACUAUGUCCAUGUGCUUCCCAAGCAAUCAGACCUGAUGGGAUUCGAUGAGAUAUACCUGAUAAACCUGCGCAGACGACCUGAUCGCAGAGAGAGGAUGCUGUGGUCUCUCUAUGAGCUAGAGAUUAACGCUAAAGUGGUGGAUGCAGUGGAUGGCGCAGCUCUGAACAGCAGUGACAUUAAGAUUCUGGGUGUGGAUCUGUUACCUGGUUAUAACGACCCAUUCUCUGGGCGCACACUUACUAAAGGAGAGGUGGGCUGCUUCCUCAGCCACUACUACAUCUGGAAGGAGAUGGUGGCCCUGCAGCUGGACAAAGCUCUGGUCUUUGAGGAUGACGUGCGUUUCCAGGGCAACUUUAAGCGGCGCCUGAUGCAGCUGAUGGACGAGGUGGAGCGGACAGAGCUCGACUGGGACAUCAUAUACCUGGGCAGGAAGCAGGUAAACCCAGGGGAGGAGAAGCCAGUAGAGAGUGUAAAAAACCUGGUGGUCGCUGGGUACUCGUACUGGACCCUCUCAUAUGUGAUCUCACUGCAGGGAGCACAAAAGCUCAUCAACGCUGAGCCGAUCACCAAAAUGCUUCCUGUGGAUGAAUUCCUGCCCAUCAUGUACGACAAGCAUCCCAAUGAGGAAUACAAAUCACAUUUUCUCAACCGAAACCUGCAGGCCUUUUCCGCGAGCCCCCUGCUGGUGCAACCGUGCCACUAUGCAGGUGAUCCAGAGUGGGUGAGUGACACUGAGACGUCCACAGUGUGGGACAAUGACAACAUUCGUACAGACUGGAGAGAGUCUUACAAGAACCUGAAGGGAGGAACUCCACCCGCCGGUGUGCAGAGCACCUCUUACAGGGAUGAACUGUAAAGCACAUGAACUGGGAGGGACUCGGCUGUUGUGAAAGCAUGUAGAAUUUAAGAAAUUUCUCAGACCAGACUCAACCAGCUCUGAGAAGUUAUUCAACACAAAGAUGCAAGAUUAUUUGAAAUAUGCACAUACUAUAGCACACAGUUUUCUGAGAGAUCACCUGGAAGUGUGUGUGUGUGUGUAUGUAUAUCUCAGGUACAUACAGUACCAUACACUUAACACAAUCACACUUUUGUUUGUUUAAACUCUCCACUCCUGCUCACAAAGUUCUGCAAUAUAAUGUUCAUUAAUUCAUUAUUCUCACCAACUUCAUCCUGACCAGGCUCGCAGUGAGACCAGUGCAUCUGAUUCACUAGACGCAGGGCUAGAAUACAUCCUGACACCACAUUUUACUUUAUGGUUGGCCUAUCCGCUAUCCGCUAUCUGCAUGCUAUUGAAAGGUGAAAGGUAACCAAAGUACCCAGAGAAACCCUACAGUCACACACAUAAAACUCUUUACAAUCUGCUAAUGAUGGUCUAAUGGUCAAUGGAUCAAACCCUGGACAUUAAAACCCAUGCAACACUGUCCACUGUCAAGCCACUUUUACCACCUCUACUGUCAUUCGAAACGUCCUACAUUUUUCACAUCACUGCAGAUUAAUGAGAUGCCAUUAUUAUGAUAUUAUUACUACACCUACCUCUUUUUAGACAUAUUGGCAUUUUUUUAUAAGAUACAGCUUCCCCACCCCAAGGAACCCCAGAUCUACCACUGAUUAAGUAUGAAGUGGCAAAAAUGGUUCUCACACCAAAAUAUUCAGCCAAAGAGCUCAAAAAGGCAUAAUAUAAUAGUCUGUAACUGUUUACCUUUAGUCUGUGCCAAAGUGUAUGUCUGUAGUACACAGUGUUUAAAACCCAAACAACACUGCUGUACCUGCUAAACUUGUACCAGUCAUUACUGUGCUAGGAAUGGUCCACCACUCACACAUGAUGUACCUGGUAGAGGUCCUGUUACAGAAUUUGGUCUUCUGUGAUAGUGGAAUUUUUUUUUUUUACUGCAGAAUCAGAAUUUACCUGUUUACCACCAGAUGGCAGCAGAUAAUCACUUGAUCUCCUCACACCGCCCCUAUAUGGAAGGUGUAGAUGAUAAAUAUGAACAAUAUGUGUAUAAAUGGACAAGAGAAUGCAUUUUUAUGUCUUAUAAAGAGCUUCUGUUGUGUUCAUAAAUGAAUAA